UAAAUGAGUAGUCGAAUAGGAAACAUCGUCGUAUAUAAGUUAAGGAAAAAAUAAUUUGUAAUAUAAUAAUUUAAAUAUGAUUUAUCUGGGUAUUUUUCUUUGCGCGUGUGUUGCAACCUUGGGACAAAGUUUACAGAUUACAGAUAUAUUAAACGGAAAUAAUGCAGAUUCUAAUGAGACCACAAUGUUUACCACCGAUGCUUUACUAAACAAUUCCAUUGGAUCUAGUUUUGUAACUGCACUAAAUAACAAAACAAUUUCUGCAGCCAAUGUUUUGCUGAAUAGUACCAAUAGAAGUACCACAUCUAAUAGUGCAACAACUCCUCUGAUCAAUGCUUUGUUGAAUAAUAUCAUUCCAACUAUUAACAAUGCUGCAUCUAAUGGCACAAUUACAUCUAAUGUUGCCAUUCCGAAUUUCUCUACUGCAACUCAUGAUAUACGUUCUAUCAAUAAAACUGACAUUAACGCUAAAAAUGGAUUCAAUAAUGGCUUGAAUUCUACACCUCUCUUGAAUGUCUUGAAAAUAUUCAGUGCUUUUCAAAUAGUAAAAUCAAUUUUUAAAGUCCUACCACUAUUCAUGUGGGGUUUAUUAUUACUGGAACUGUUUCGUAAAGCUAUAUUUGGAUUUUUCUUCUGAGCCUCAUUGAUUUAAAGUAUUUUUUAAGAAUAUUACAGUCAGAAAGAUACAACAACAGAUGUUACUAUAAGUUUGGAUCUUUAUCUUUCAUUAUUAUUCAUGUUCUUAUUAUGAGUCAAUUAAAAUAAUUCAAGAAAAUUUUUUUAAAUUAAAUAAAAAAUUAAUUAAAAUUAAAAUGAGUCAAGAAAGUGACUCAUUUCUGAGACAAAAAUGAAUCUGGUUCAUUUUUAACUGUAGCAAAAAUAAUGCCAGGCGAAUAAAAAUUAUAUCCGUUCUUGUAACUUUUUUCCGCAACUAAAUAAAAACACAACUUCUCAUA